UUACACCAGAGUGCAGGAUUCCAGAGAGCAGAGGUGUCGAAGGACGACUCCAACGUAAAAACAAUUUGGGAUAUUUGCCUCGAACUUAAGGAGCUCCGAAUCUAAAUAUUUCUUUUCCGAACUGUCAGUGCUUCCAGCGUCACAUCCUUGUCGUGCUACGCCUGCAUGUCAGCAUUCAAUGAGCCUCUACUUCUGGCUACUCACUGGUUGUGCCUGCCUAUUUUCUUUAAGAACUCAUCCACUUCAAUUUUCAGACAUUUUGUUUUCUUUUUACGCGAUGGUAAUUUGUUGCCGUUUUGAUCAGCUUUGAGCAACAACAUUUUUGUAAACGAGGAUAUUGUGGUCAAAACAUUAGCAUAAACAUUUACAUAAGCCGCGUAUACCGUUUCACAUCUUCCACUAUAGUGCCUCUAUAUUGAUAGUUUGGUCUUUUGUUGGGCUGUUGAUAGAAAAACACAUUCAUCAGGGUUCCCAUGUUCUUCCUCAAAGUGUUAACAACGGAACUAAAUCUGAACAUGUCUCUAUGAGAGAAUGUCAACACUGAAAGACGAUAGCCAGUUUGUGUUCUUGUUUACGCUUUAAAUUACACAGUUUUAAAAACUAUUCAGGAAAAAGACAGAGGAAAUAUUGACAUGAUGGACUUUAAGAUGUCGGUCAUUCCGGACUACAUUCACGGUGGCGGAAUGAAGUUGGAAGACAACAUGAAGCCACUCAGCGCCAUGGACUACUCUCACAUGAAGGGUCUGUCUUCCUACGACCUGAACUCCAUCAAAUCUCACCAGCAUCACCAUUCGUUCCACGAGCACAACAUGACGUCAGUUCUGGAUAAAGAGGACGAGCUGUCUAACAACCUGAAGCACCAUCCCCUGCACCACCUACACUCACACCACCACCAAAACCUGACGGGGACACCAGGACCGACACAUCACGAUCUGUUUGGAGUCAAAGAUAGAACAUAUUCAGCGGAUGAUCCUGUACUCAAGCGCCUUUCAGUGGUCCACGGGGAGCAAGGAACGGAUGUGACGUCGCUGAGACCUCUCGGCAAUCUCCACGAGCACGUUUCCAAAUCUUUUUCCGAGGGCGCUGUCGACUUCGCGGGCGUGGCGGCCAAGUACGACGUCAGCAUCAACAACGGGGAAAACGGCAACGGGGCGUCCCAACGAGACCACGCCAAGGACUACAGCUGUCCAGGACAGGACUCCACCGCGACAUCGCCCUUGUCAGCCCCUGUGUCUUCCUCCUUGUACUCCAGGCUGUACAACGGUGAGGCAGAUGGUGGUUCGGCCUACUUCUCCCCUUUCAAGUUUUUCCCUCAGUACUCCAGCGGGUCUGCCGCGACUGACAAGGACUACGAAAAGCUGUACAUGUCGCAUCAGGAUCACACCUCCACUCUGACUCACUAUAAGUCGCAGAACCGCCUCAGCGACCCCUCCCCGGGCAGUGAUUCUCUCAUCAACACGCCAAAAUCUUACUCCUGCUUCGACCGUUGUGAGCCUGCGCACAAGAUCAGCGACCCCGUGAAAAACGGAAAUAAUAAUAGUAACAACAACUCUCAAAUCAAUGGCAGCGUGGGAAAUAACAAAACGAAAAUACAGAGCCACGAAGACCGUGUAACCACCAAAUCCAACAUUUCGCACGGCAACGUAAUUCCGAAGCAGGAGUCUAUAAAUGAUACAUCCAACAAAUCCUCAAAAAUCGUGAAAUGUGAAUCGGACAGUUUCUCCAAGCCAUCUGCUAACAACGAAUCGUCCACAAAGUCGCCAGGUUCGAACAGCGACACCAAGCCCCCCACGCCGAACAACAAAGACAAUCCGGAGUCUUUCAAGGAUCCGAACGUGAAGCCCCCGUAUUCCUAUGUGGCUCUGAUUGCCAUGGCGAUCAAAGAGUCUGCGGAAAAGAGGCUGACUUUGAGCGGUAUCUACCAGUUUAUCAUUGGCCGCUUUCCUUACUAUGAAAAAAACAAGAAAGGUUGGCAGAAUUCGAUAAGGCACAACCUCAGCCUGAACGAGUGCUUCGUUAAAGUUGCUCGCGAGGGCGGGGGAGAAAGGAAAGGAAAUUUCUGGACUUUGGACCCUGCUUUUGAAGACAUGUUUGAGAAAGGGAACUAUCGAAGGCGUAGACGCAUGAAGAGGCCGUACAGACCUACUUUGUCACUUCAUAAACCUCUCUUCUCGGACCAUACGCAUGCCCUGAACCAGUUCGCCUUUAACAACUACUUCAACGCGCCUUCCUACUCGCAGUACUCUAGCUACUCCCCGUGGGCGCUAACUCACAACUCCGGGGCGGCCAACAUGGGCGUCUCCCAGCUACCAGCCUACCGCUCCUGUCAGCGAAUGUCAGCGGCGAACUCUGCUCUGAACGGACUUCAUCAGUACUCCACCAUGGGGAUGGGGAUGAGCGUGGGGCUCGGCGCGGCGGGAGCUCAAGUGGCCCCGAGCAUGCCCUCCCCGUCGAAUUACCCCUCGCCCUACCCCCAGUUUCCAGAGUACAGCGCUGUAGGUGGGGGAUCAACGUUUGGCUUUCAGUACAGGCAGCAGGGGGACGCGUUCAACUCAUCUCACUACAACUCCUAUUGGGCCGACAGAUGAGUCUAUUUGAAGAAGAGAUAUGAAAAAUUCAAAAAUACUCUAAGGCUGUGAGUCUAUUCUAAGUUCAGAAUCAGGACCUACUAAGUGAAAGAUUCUCUCUAGUCACUGAAUGACGUCACAUACUAGCAGCUACCAAUAAACAAAAUCCUUAUCAAUCUAGAAAUAUAACAUCCAAAACAUGGCAUCGUUGUUAUCGUUUCUCUAGCAACGUAUUGCAGUGUGAGUGGCUGUGAACUAUUGUCGAUGUGAGAUCAACUGAAAUCUACAAGGCCAACGGGAACCAAUUUACCUAGUUCUCGAGCUCCAAGUGUGACAACGCAUUGCCAGAUUUUAUCACCAACAUCAAGAAAGAAGGAAAUCAUUUGGAUUAUGUUGUUCAUAAAUCAAAUAGCUGCAUAAUCCUAAAUAAAUACAACAAAAAUUUUAAAAAAUUAUAAUAACACAAUGAGCAAUAUUAUAAUCAAAAUCAGCAUUUACAAUAAAUAGAAUAAAAUCGAAUAUUAAAAAAUAUUGUUAUAUAUAAAGUACGUGUAAAUAAAGAAAAUAACGAGGCCUACAAAUAAACUUUAAUUUUUAAAAAAAAAUAAUUAAUUAUUAGGUUUGCUUUAGUUAAAACUCUGUAAAAAUUGACUGAUACGUUAGUUUCAAAGCUGUAUCCUACAUAAACAUUUGUAAGUUGACGCUAUACAUACGAUAUAUAUAUAUAUAUAUAUAUAUAUAUAUAUAUAUAUAUAUUAUAGUAGUUUUUGUACUAUUAUUAAAUGCCAAUGUGUCACCAAUGAUUCUAUAAAGCAUACAUGCCAUAGAUUGAAUGAAUGUUUCUGUUUGUUUCGCAUUUAUUCUCUCGGCAUUAGUUAUACAGACAACUCUUCCAUUGUAUUGACAGGUCGACAUUAACGUGAACAAUCUUAGAACAUUAUAAUUUGCAUAGUUUAAAUUUGUGCUCAUUUGAUACCUUUUAAAGCAUAAUUUGUUAGUAAGUGAAAUGCAUGAAUAGUGUUUUCCUUUCUAGAAGAGCCCCAACUGCUUACAUUGAACGUGAUAAAUAGUAAAUACUGGAUACCUACACUUUAUGUUGACUUAUGUACUGUAUAUAUAUACUGAAAUAUGACGAUCCAACGACAUAGCACAUUGAUACUACUUCUACAUAUUUUUGUUUUACCACAAGGAGCCAUACAUUUUUUUGUGAGUUGGGUGUCGGGUUAGGACUGAUGUAUUAUUGUAAACUCUUAUUUGAUACAAUUAAAAUGUAGCACAACUGCAUUCUGUUAGAACAGUGCUACUUUAAAAUAACGAUUUAAAAAAAUAGAAUUGUAGUAAAAUACAUUUUUAAAGGCGAUCGAUAAAAACAAUUGAAAUAUAACAACUUUUUGAAGGAAAAAAGAAAUACAAUAUUGUGUGUGUAUAAUACACUGUGUAUUAAAGAACCUCCAUAUAGAUAUAUCGAAUAUAAAGGUACUGUUUUGUUUUUUCAUACUAUCUUUCCAUUAUAAUUUUUUUUAAAAGCCAAAAUUGGGCCUACGUAAGACGAUGGGUUUGUAUUGCCAACACAGUCGCCUGCUGUGUUCCCCUUCCCGCCUCUCCAUUUAUCACCUUUGUUGGACCUUUGGGGCACCACACAAGAUUUGUCGAGUGUAUUUCUCCAUUCCUCCCUGUCAUUGCCUUGGAUAAAACCUCUCAAUGACAAGCUCGUCCAUUCUUUCAGACUUUUCUUCUUUCCCACCAACUUCAGUGGAUGCCCAAUGAGGCAAUAGUGGGUCACAUAAAUGGUGGGUCACAUAAAUAGUGGGUCACAUAAAUAGUGGGUCUCAUAAAUAGUGGGUCUCAUAAAUAGUGGGUCUCAUAAAUAGUGGGUCACAUAAAUGGUGGGUCACAUAAAUAGUGGGUCACAUAAAUAGUGGCUCUCAUAAAUAGUGGGUCUCAUAAAUAGUGGGUCUCAUAAAUAGUGGGUCACAUAAAUAGUGGGUCAUCUAAAUAGUUGGUCACAUAAAUAGUGUGUCUCACAAAUAGUGGGUCUCAUAUUUCUGCCUGAGGUCAGUCUGUUAAGUUCAGCGAAUACAUUGGUCUAAUUAUUUGUGCUUGUUAAUGUUGAUACUGUAUGCUAAUUAUGAUUUUUUUAUUAUUAUCAUUAUUAUAAAUAAUAAAUUAUUAUUAUUACUGA